AUGUCGAAUGAAAAAGUUGAUUCUCCUCCACGAGUAGAAACACAUCAAGUUAGUUGCCUGAGAGUUGGUGAGAAUGGGAGGGGAUCUGAUAACGAUUUGAAACUCCCGUACCACACGGCAGGUGUUAUUGACAUUGAGCCUAUCAUAGCAAGAUACAAGUACAUGAGGCCAUAUCAGACAAAGUGA